CCUCACCCAGUUUUUCUGACCUAGAAUAUGUGCUCCAGCAGGGCUGCUCAGAUGACAACUCAAUGAUAAUAUAAAGUGACCAUAAGGAGCGGCCCGUAAACGCCAUCUAAUCUCAUUUACUUCGGAAAGGGGUCGGAUGUUGUUCGUCAGACACCACAUUUCAACGGAAGGCUACAGAGAUGAAGGCUGCCGUCUCUACCUGGCUUUAUACAGCCCUACUUGCGAUAAGUUGCGGGGUCUCUGUACAGCGAGUGUUAGCGGCAAAACUAGGACCUCUCUGCCCUGCUAGCGCCGUCUGCUUGGGAGCAAAUGUGACGCGUCUUCUUCGGCAUCCAACGAACUGUGAGAAGUUCUGUGAUUGCAUAGGAGGCUACGCCUACGAAAAGUCGUGUCCCCAGGGCCUUCACUUCAAUCCAGUCCUGAGGAUGUGUGACCGGCCAGGACGCGCCGGAUGCGUUGAUGCCAGUCGUACAAAGCGCCAAGUUGAGACGAACGGAAGCGAAGAAAAGGAAUGUCCGUCCUUGGACGUCUGCAACGGCGAUGACCCGUACAACACUCGUCUCUUCGCCCACCCAACCGAAUGUCAUAAGUACUGUAGAUGCAGAGGAGGCCACGCGUAUGAGAUUACAUGUCCUCAUGGCCUAUACUUCAACAAGCUGUAUCGUGUCUGUGACAUCAAGGACCACUCAACCUGUCCAGAUACUCCAUCGUCAACAAGUAAAAAGGAAGCUCCAGCCCUGCCAAAGCCACAAAGCACAGAAAAGCCAUUGAGUACAUCGAAUGUGGACAAACUCCCACAGUGUCCUUCUUUCGAAGUCUGUGAAGGAGAUGAUCCUUUUGUGACGCGACUUUUUCCUCAUCCUUACGACUGCAGAAAAUAUUGCCACUGUACCACGAGGUAUGUCUACGAGAAGACUUGCCCAAGUGACCUCUACUUUCAUCCUAUUCACCGAGUCUGCGACAGGCAAAGACAUUCUGGUUGUGAACAAAAGCUGUCUACCGAGCGUCUACCAUUCAACGUGACAACUUCAAGCGAAAACACAGAUACACUGCAAUACUCAAGCACUCCCAUCGAGCUGCCUGGUUUUACUGAGUCGGUAGAGUUCACCACUCAAAAGCUGAGUGAACUUCGAACGACCGGCUUCCCUAGUGUUGCUCAUAGUUGGGAUCAUACGACACCAUCUACACUUAGUGCUCAGCAGCUGGCUACCACCAGGAAUGAAACCGACAAGGGGGAAGCACUUCUUACAGUCACCGCUGGAACAGAGACGAUGUCAUCCUCUGCGCCUUCUGCCCGAAUACAUCCGUCAAGUGGUCAAAUUGACGAUGAAGAAGAGGGCACUGCAUCGUCAAGUUCAACAACCACGGAGCUAUUGCACCUCUCCGCAACACAACCAGAAACGACGGCUUCCACUGAACCAUCAACUCCAACACACACAUUAACUGUCGACAUUCACGAUGGAAUAACGAGUAGAAAUUUUUCCUACUCUACAAGACCGUACGAAGGAAACACUGAACACAGUAAAGCUGGGAGUGCCCUAAACAUCUCCGCCAAUGAAAGCACAACAGCUCCCGUAGCAGGGAUAGCACGGGAUGACGUUACCACAGACUUGUACGACUCUCUUUCAAAAGCGUUUACCGCAGCACAUUCCUCCAUUGCUGCGCGUUCAACUACCAGGCCCCACAUGCCAUCGGACACCCUAACGCCCAGACGCAAUCUAGAAGCAACGCAGGCUGAAGGAACGACAGUAGACAUUGCUUCAACGACCACUUCAAUGUCCCUUGAAGAAGCGGCUGGUGAAUCAAAUGCAGAAGAUGAUAUCAAAUCAGGCACGACCUCGUACAGAACACAUGAGAGCGGGAUCAGUAGCAUGGUUCAGGAUACGACGUCUUCCAGUGGCAGCGAAAUGCAAUCUGAGAUGGCAAAAGAAACGUUUCCCACAGUGUGCAAAGAUCCUGGGCCUACUGGCAUGGUACCUCACCACUGUGACUGUACACUUUUUUACCUGUGCACUGAUGAAAAUAAUCAGGAUCCGGACGUUUUCAAGUGCCCUUCUCGACUGCACUUUAACCCAGUAUUACGAAUGUGCGACAUGCCAGAACAUGCAGGAUGUCCUUAUGCCACGUGAAACUCCCUGGAGGCCAGUGAACGACAGUGAACGACAGCAUUCAUAAAGUAUUCGUUUGAACAGGAAGAUACUGGGACAGGAUGUCAGUGAGCUGGUGCAAAUUCAUUCGGAAAAUGCGUGCCUUGAGUUUGAGUAAACCUACAGAGAGAAAAUGUAGACGUUGUCCUUGGGUGUUGUUCUUAGUCAACAUCCCCCCCCCCCACUUUUUUGUAAUGCGCAAGGUACGAUGCGUUCCUGUAAGGGAAAUGCACUCAGGUAACUUGUCUUCCAGGUAAUUUCUUUGCUUCUCGUAUAUUGCACAGCUGUAUUAAAAUCCUUUUGGCAUUUA